CGCAGUGCUGCUCGCGCAGGACCGGAGUGGUGUUCACUCGGCGGCGCGCCACGGCGCGACAUGCCCAGCUGAUGUUUAUUUAUACCGCGAGCUCGGUGGAGGGUGCGCGCGGGAGGCCCUCCCCUCCGCGGCACCACGGUUUCGCGUGAUGCAGCCGAGCGAGCUAGCCGACGCCGCGCACGCCGCUAGCGGAAACCCCCCGCAGCGUGGCCUCAACGGUGGCCGUUUCGACUUUGACGAUGGUGGUACAUAUUGUGGUGGAUGGGAAGACGGCAAGGCGCACGGCCAUGGUGUGUGUACUGGACCCAAAGCGCAGGGAGCUUACGCCGGCUCCUGGCACUUCGGCUUUGAAGUUUCCGGUGUCUACACCUGGCCCAGUGGCAGCUCAUUUGAAGGCCAAUGGCAGAACGGCAAGCGGCACGGCCUGGGCGUGGAGACCCGCGACCGCUGGCUGUACCGCGGCGAGUGGACGCAGGGCUACAAGGGCCGCUACGGCGUGCGCCAGAGCACGAUCAGCAACGCCAAGUACGAAGGCACGUGGGCCAAUGGACUGCAAGACGGUUACGGAUCAGAAACCUACGCUGAUGGCGGCACAUACCAAGGACAAUGGAUGCGCGGGCUGCGGCACGGCUACGGCGUCCGCACGUCGGCGCCGUUCGGCCUGGCGUCGCACUACCGAGGCGGCGCGCGCGGCCAUCGCGGCUCCAUGUCCUCGCUCAACGAGGGUGGCGCCGACCCCUCCGAGCAACGCACCACACGCAUGGACGACGCGAGGGGCGGGUUCGUGCUCACAGUCAGAUCAGACCAGCCCUCCGGACGACGUGGCUCGCUUGUCGGAAAACCAAAGGGAUUGCUCCAUAAAUGGCGCAAACAGCGCAGCGUUGGCGACCUGGACGGGACCGGCACGGGCUCGGUCCACUCCGGGGGCUCGGGGGGCUCGGGCUCUUCGUGGGUCUCCUCGGUAGACAGCACCCACUCCGCUAUGACCCAUGCCUCUUUGCAUACAAACUCAAACGCAAGUUUUGUUGUCGAGGAUGAACAUCUGGAUGCGAGUGUCACAGAAACUUAUAUGGGCGAAUGGAAGAAUGAUAAACGCACUGGGUUUGGUAUCAGCGAACGCAGUGACGGCCUUCGCUACGAGGGAGAAUGGUCGGCGAACAAGAAGUACGGAUACGGCGUUACCACGUUCAGAGACGGCACUAGGGAAGAAGGCAAAUAUAAGAACAACGUACUCAUCACCAGCCAAAAGCGAAAACACUUGUUCCUUAUGCGGUCCGCCAAAUUCCGAGAACGUGUGGACUCAGCCGUUAAUGCUGCGCAACGUGCGUCUAAAAUAGCAUUACAGAAGGCUGAUAUAGCUAUCUCUAGAACCGCCACAGCUCGAGGAAAAGCUGAGCAAGCCGACGAAGCGGCAGACCAAGCAAAAGAAGACUGUGAUAUAGCGCAAGCUACUGCGAAGCAGUUCGCCCCAGAUUUUAAGCACCCAGGCUUUGACAGAAUAGGAUUAAGAGAAAAAUAUAGACAAAAGGUUUACGAUGCACAAGUUGCAACACCCGUAUCACAAGAAUCUGAAAAGAUCUUGGAUGGAAAGAGCAUUCCAAAUCAUAUCCCUCCGAUGCAUUCUCAGAUUCCUCAGACUCAGAAUAGAGCUCCAAAUGCAGUACCCUCUAGGAGACCUUCAGCGCAAUAUCCUAAACCGAUACAGUCAAUAGACCCGCGGCUGGCGAACAGUUCUAACUACAAUACAGACAAUAGAACACUCGGGCCUCCGCAUGACCCAUAUUACUCGUCAAAUCAAGAUAAUUGGACAUCCGCGAACGCAUCACCUCAAACUUCGCCUGAUAGUCAAAAAUCUUUCUUACCAAAUGAACAAACGAAUCCCUACGGAUCCAUGCCACAAGGUGUUCCACUACAGCAACAACCUGCAUAUAGAUAUAGGCAAGAUUCGUUACAAAAUCAACAGCAAAUGGAUCCUUCUAACCAACAAAAUGUCAAUCAAGGUCGACGAUUAUCCUCAACUUCUAGGCCGCAACUAAAUCAAAGACCUCAACAAGACUGGAACGCUCCACAAGCUCCUCCCAGACGACAGAGCGUACUUGGUCAACCUUCCUACGAUGCGCAGGGUAACCCCUACAUGGAUAGCGGUUCUUCUGCAUAUGGCAGGAACGAUGUUCGAACCGGUAACGUACACUCUGAAGGGCCCAUGGGCCGACAACCGAUGCCGAUGAAUCAGCAGGCAUAUCGGCAGCCUAUGGAUUCUCAAGAUUAUAGGCAGUCCCUAGAUCAACAAGGAUAUGGCCAGGCACCCGAUCAAAUGUACCGUCAAUCGACGGUUGAUAAUCAGGCAUAUCGCCAACCAGGCGCUGCUGAUCAGGGAUACCGACCUACUGCCCCUUCUGAACAAGAAAUCGUUAACGGCGCCAGGCCCCCUGGGUCACGACCGUCCAUUGACCACUUUGAUCAUUACAAAAGACCUCCUAGUCGAGAUUCAAGCGUAGAUAGAUACGGAAGGCGGUCGCGACAGCCUUCCGUAGAGGCGGUUCCUAGCGGCGGAGGUUCGCGUGCAGGGUCCGUAGCCCCGCAGCCUGCGGUCCCAUCACGACCUGCGUCUCGUGCGGCUACGCCGGCUGCAGGCAACGGUCACUUAGCAACAGGCCGUGGCUCUAUAUCCUCCCGUGCAGGAUCGCGGGAGCCACAACCGUUCGAGGAGUCCCUUUUAAGAAAGCGGACGCUUGGUCAGGAAAUAUCACCAUCUCCUUAUCAGCCCAAACGGACCGAAAGCUUGUACGUGGCCCAACUACCAGAACCUCCACCACCGGCGCCGAUAAGAAGCGGAGGAGGCGGCGGUGGAGGCGGCGGUGGCGGCGGAGGUCGGAAGAUGUUAAGCACGCCGCAGACGUUACAACGUAAGAAGUCGCUGCCUGACGUAGCGGGGAUGCCCCGCAUGCCGGACGGCGGCGGCAUGUCGCGCGAGGAGGUGUCGGCGCUCGGCUCGGCGCGCCGCGAGGAGGUGCGCCGCAUGCACGAGGAGACCGAGAAACUGAGGGCUAACCCCCUGCUCUACUUAGUCAGUCCGCAAGUCAAGGACUGGUUCUCCCGGCAGCAGCUGGUGAUCCUAGUGCUUUUCAUCAACAUCUCUCUGGGCAUCAUGUUCUUCAAGCUGCUCACGUAGCAUCGGCGUGUGGCGCACUUGCGCCUCUUCUUCCCGAUGUCGUUGACGUCAUUUUUGUAAAUAAUUGUAAUUUUUGAACCAAAUAGUCCAAAUAUUAUUCGAUGUGCGACAAAUGUUUGAAUAACAUUUAUUAUUUGUUCCUUGUUAAUAUGAGAGUUACAUUUACACAUCCAACGAAAACGUAUUUAUUUGUCAAUAAGGACUUCAAUUUGCUAGUGUACUUUUCUUUGACGUUGUGAAAGUGUGCAAAGAAUGACGAGACAAGAGUGAAAACAUUAUCCAAAUAUUUCGUCGAGCUAAUAAUUUCGACUUGUUUUGUGCGGGAGUGAAUUGAACCUGUUUUGUGUCCGGUUACCGGAAACUUCGAAUGUAAGAAGCACGUUGUUCUAUAAACCUGCAUAUUGUAGGUUUAUUUAUGCCUUCUAUAAUGAAGCUUAACGCCUUUAAUGUAAUUUUAACAACUGAGGUGUUGUUUGAAACCAGAGAGAUUUCGAAGAAUUCAUGGUCGAUUGUUUAUGAGGGAGAAAAUAUGCAUAAUAUAUACAAAAAUAAUAUUUAUGGCACAACGCCGGUGUUCUAGUUUACUACACCGACACUGCGCGACCACCGGGCAGUCUAGUAGCCUCCUACUUAUAUAUAUAUAUUCAGAUUGUAGAGAAUGACUAAAUUAGGUAUGAGCAAAUUAUUUCCGCCAAAAAUAUAGUUGGUUAUGGGGACGAUAUUAUAGUUAAAUGUUAUUGUUGCCGUAUAAAAGUUUAAAUAAUAAAAAUAUUUGUCAAUUUUGAUUCGUUUGUGUUGAUUCAUAAGUGAUUGAAACAUUGCGUACCCCGAGUGAUAAUAAAUGCACAAAAUAUGAUAGCUAUAGGUAUCUACUGGUUUCAAAAUUGUAUAUAAGCUAUUAAUUAAAGUUUUACAAAUAUAACACAAAGUACGCAUACCUACCUGUAAGUAGAUACGUUGUUAUGCUUGCAAGAUGUACAAGACAAGAUAAAAUGCAUGUGCAUUAUUUUCCUAUUCUAUUAAAAUUGUAAAAAAAAAACUAGCGAAACUGAAUUUUUAUACAAGAUUUAAUCUUCAUUUUAUACCUAUGAAGUCAAUUCUCUCGUAAUCGAAUUGUUUAUAUGGUUAAUACUAUAUGAAUGGUAUGUUAGAUACUUUAUUAAUAUUGGCAUGGAAAGCGUGCGUUUGAGACUGUUGAUACGUAAAUAUACACCUACAACGAACCUUAUUGAAGCGCACAUUCGUUGUAAGGUUAUAUAUACAGUUGAUAAGACAAUUUUCACAGUUUCAUUAUUAUGUAAAGAAUAUAAGUUAUGUCUCUAAGAAUUUUAAUUACUUGUAUCGAUUUUAUCUACGUUUCAGAAAUAAAAUAUUUUAACAAAACAA